AUGUCUGAGAAUCAAGGAGGGAAUCAAAGUAAAACUGUCCGUCUUUCUCUCCCUCAGUGUCUGAAUUUAACGCAGCUUCUACACCAAUACGGACUGAGCUCGGAUUCUCUCAUAUCUCCAAUGCAGUUCACCUAUUUAUGUCCUGCACUGCUCUACCAGAUAGAUAGACGCUUCUGCAUCCUUCAUUAUCACCACGUUGAAACUGAAGUACAAGAUGCAGCAUCAUCAGUAUGGGUCUGGAUGUGGGGCUUUGUGUCGAUCACCAUCAUCAGCCUGCUGUCUCUGCUGGGUGUUGUUCUGGUGCCCAUCCUCAACCAGUCCUGCUUCAAGUUUCUCUUGACCUUCCUGGUGGCGCUGGCAGUGGGAACCCUCAGCGGGGAUGCCUUACUGCAUCUACUCCCUCAUUCUCAGAGUGGCCAUGAUCACAGCCAUGGAGGACAUGCAGAGGAAGAACCUGAAGAGGAUUUUCUUACAAAGUUUGAUGGAGUUUGGAAAGGACUGACUGCACUAGCAGGAAUCUACCUCCUCUUCAUCAUUGAACAUUGCAUUGGCAUGUUCAAACACUACAGCAACCAAAGGGGAAGCCUCUGCCAGAGGAAGAAGAAAGGAGAGCAAGCAAAGAUUGGGAGGAAAUUGUCAGACCACAAACUCAACAGGCGUUCAGAUGCCGAGUGGCUCCAUCUGAAGCCUCUAACAGAGGGAGAAGGUACAACGCGUGAAGCCGGACACAAUGACACUCAGAUGACAGAGUUGCAGCCUCUGGAUUCACCCAGCAAGAUGCCACUGGCCAUAUCUGAUUCAGAUCACCCCUUCAAGGAUGCUGAAAAAACAGAGGACGACAGCGGGCCAAAGGCAAAUUCAAAAAACCAUGGACAAGAUCAUGGACACGGACACGGCCAUGGUCACUCCCACCAUGGACACUGUCACUCUGACCAGGAAAUGAAAGAUGCGGGGAUCGCCAGUAUAGCAUGGAUGGUCAUCAUGGGAGAUGGCAUGCAUAACUUUAGUGAUGGACUUGCUAUAGGUGCUGCGUUCAGUGCUAAUAUUACAGGUGGCAUUAGUACUUCAGUUGCUGUGUUCUGUCAAAAACUGCCUCAUGAACUAGGUGACUUUGCUGUUUUAUUGAAGGCUGGGAUGUCAGUGAAGCAAGCCAUUGUGUACAAUGUCCUCUCUGCCUUGAUGGCUUAUGCUGGCAUGGUGAUUGGCACGGUUGUGGGACAGUACACGCACAACGUCACCAGCUGGAUCUUUGCUGUUACUGCUGGCAUGUUUCUCUAUGUGGCAUUAGUGGAUAUGGUAAGAGAACCGAAAUGUGGAUUUAUUUGCUUACCAGUUGGGCUGCAUGAAUAUGUUAUAAUUAUUGAUUACUUGAAAUGAAUCAAGGACCUUUCACACAGAACACGCUGUUGCAUUCCACCGCGCUGCUUGUCCAUUGUUUUUCUAUGUUAACAUGCUCUAGAUGGAUGUUUGAGCAUUAUGCUCACGUCUCAUGUCUUUUGUUGUGUCUCAUGCACAGUCACAGUGUUUAAAUUAAAAGUAUAUGAACUUUUAAAAAUGUCUCUAGACCUUGCUUUUUUCUAUCUUUUAUUAUUGUACUGCCGCACAUCUUGAGUUUUCCGGUGCAAAAAUUUGAGUGAAUGGCCUCUCACACAUUCAAAAUAAGGUGACUACUAGUUAUAAAAGCACAACAACUGUUCUAAUUUCAAAUAAAUUAUACACAAUAUUAUUGACAAUAUUAGAGUGCUCCCAUUAUAAUCACCAAAGCUGUCUGCAUAUUCACUAUGUCUGAACCCUGCAAUUCAGCACAAGCUCACUGAGUUCUGCACUCCUGUGAACAAUUAAAUGAUUACAAUCAACAAAGCUGUCUACA